AUGAGAUUAGCGCUAAUAUUGGGCACUCUUAGUGCCAUAGUGUGCUUGGCCAGCGGCUUGAGCCAGUCAGAGGGGAGUGGUUCAAAGGGCAAUGGAUUUCCCAAAAAGGUUACCACCCUGAAGAAGCGACCAACCAAAACGCCAACGACAGUGCCAAUUUCCAUCAGCAGAGCAACCACUUUGAAGCCCAGUAAGCCACGCGUAAAGAUCGGCACAUCGGCAACCACGAAAAGCACCACCAAGGCACCGGCCUUAACCGAGACAUUUGGCAAUCUGCCGGCGGAUGAUCUGGAAUUCAUUAAGGAGCUGGACAAGCAGUUCAAGCUGCACGGAGACAAGAUCAAGAUUAAGGUGGAGAGGGAUAAUUCCACGAGCAGCGGUGGCAAGAACAGCAAGAGGACCAUCGAGGGGGAUUUGGGAUACGGCUACUCGCAUCCUGGCUAUGAUUACACGCCGCCCAAGUUCAUGUUCUAUCCGUACUCGCAGCAUGACAUUCCCUCGGGCUUCGCCCAUCCCCAGCCACUUCCAGAGGAGCAGGAGGAGCCACACCAGCCGGCAGCGCACCACCACCACAACCACGAGCAAGUGACCAGCGUGACCAUCGAACCCUCGUACUCCUACGAGCUCAAGCCCCAGACCAGCUAUGAAAGCCAACCGCAGCACACCGCCCCCGAGCAGCCGCAGAUUGAUCUGCCCCAGGACGAAGCGGAAAGUCCUAGUGCUGCAGGUGGUUCCAGUGGCCACGGGGGAUAUCAGGAGCCUGUCAUUGUGCUGCGCAUUCCGGGACCCGCCAAGUACGCCGCCCAUUUGCAGACCCUUCUCCAGCAGUACCUCGAGAUCAGGGCGGCCCAGUACCUCAGCUUGCUCCAGGAGGCAGAUCAGCAGCAACAACAGCAGCAGCCGCAGCAACAUGUGGAUCCUUCGCAGCAAUACGGGCCGCCAGAACCUGCCACCUACCACCAGGAAGUGAGCUAUGCCCACCAACUGGCGCCCACGCCGGCACCAGUGCAGUAUGCACCCAUCGAUGAUGUCUACCAGAGCUACAAGGGUCGCCACCAGCAACAGCAACAGCUGCAGCUGCAGCAGCAACAAUAUGAGCCGCAACAGUACUACGCGCCCAUGGACUACCAGCAGCCCACACAGUUCUACUAUGCCCAGCCGCAAUCCCAUCUGCAGCAGCAGCCCCAGCUCUAUCUGAUAGCAAUGGCCCAGCCGGAACCGGAGCCACAGCCACAGCAGCAGCAGCAUCAUCAUCAUCAUCAUCAGCAGCAGCAGCAGCCAAUAUACGUGCCAGAAUCUGAUCCGCCGACAGGUCCUUCAGGUGUUCCCGAACAGGAUCCGGAAGCGGAGCACAGUCUGCCCAUCACGGAAAACAACCCACGACCCACCCACACCAAGGUCAUUUUCAAUCCGUAUCCCUACCACCAGCAGCAGCAGCACCACCACCAGCAGCAGCAGCAGCAUCAGCAGCAGCAACAACAGCAGUCUGACAUCGAGGAGCAGGAGCAGCAGUCGGAGGACGAACGCCCCUUCAACUACCACGCCCAUGCGAUUAAGAUGCGCCAGGGAAAAAGGGCGGCUAGGCCGGAACCUGCGGAUGCGGAUGUGGGGCCCAGUUCGGGGGACAAGGGACUGCAACAGAUCAGGGAGUAUGUGAGGGAGAAACUGGGCGCUGAAAUGGGCUCGGCUGUGGAAUACAAGACGACACAGCUGCUCGAGGGCUGA